CCCGCCCCGGGUGAGUCCCGUUGUGAGGAGCUGGAACGCUGGAGGUGCGGAGACCGAUACCCCGCGCUGCCUACCCCCGUGACGUCACCUCAGUUUGUAACAACCGCCCGCGGGGCAAUUGCGCGCCAAGGCGCAGAUUACACAGCGCGUGUCACAGGGAGUGCGCAGGCAAAGGGGACACGUUCUAUGGAUUCGCUAAAAGCACACCAGGACAUAAGGACGCACCAGCUUGGAUCUGCGGAGCCUCCAGCCUCACAUGAGGAAAUGCUGGAUGAAGAACAUCUUAAAGAGGAUGACUUGGACUUUUUGUGUCAAUUGGAAAAUUCCUCCUUGAAACGGAAAAAUCAUAAGAAGAAGGGAUUAAAAAAGCUCCAAAAAUGUGAAGCAAUUGAACCGGAAACUGAAACCUUUUCCAACCUUAGCGUGAAGAUAGAGAGCGCUAGCCCGUUACAUGACUCCGCCAACAUAGGUGGCUCAUUAAAGAAGAAGAAGAAACGAGAUCGGAAGAGAACUACAUUGGAAUUCACAGAGAACUGUCUGCCGCAGGAAUCAGGGAACGCAAACCUUGCGCAGGAAGCACGUGACCCCUCUCAUUCCUCCUCCGAUGGAAGGAAGAGGAAAAAGAAAAAGCAUCAAGUGCAUUUUGAAGUGUCGUCCUCUGGCGAUCAUUACUUGAGAGAUGAAAAUAACAGGCCGGCUCCAGAUACAUUUUCUGUUAGCAGCAGCUCUGAUGUAACUACCAAGCCCAAACUGAAGGGGGCGGCCACGCGCGACACUGUGACCUCCCACAGAAAGAAGGAGCCUUUGAAGGUCCAGCAAAGCAACAUAGCUGGUGUGGUAAGGUGCAGUACUCCAUUUUCUUCUCCAACGGCUUCAUCCAGAAUGACGUUGGAAGACAAUCUUGGUGUUCCGUGGAGAACAGAAGACAUGAAUAGUGUUUCCGACCACAGCCAAGACCUGUUUAUCACUCAGAAGCUGUUUCUGCCAGCUCGGGUUUCCAGUAGCAGCAGUGGAUGCUCUCCGCCACUCGCUCAGGAACAGGGCCGCUCCGAUUCAAUGCGGCUGUCUUCUCAAUCCUCCGGUUUCGCACAUAGGUGCGGCGAUCAUUCUACUGUUGUCCACGGCCGCUCCGUGGCUUCAGCAGAAAAGUCCACUCAAACGGAUGGUGUCUUCAGUUACCUAGAGCUGAUGAGCUUCCUAAACAAGGUCAAAGUGUUGGAGGCUUGUUCCCAGGAGCCUCUCGACCUCUCCCUGCCAUCUCGGGUCAGAGCCGUCGGUGAUUGCUUGAAUGUCAGCGACAAUGACGUUAUUCUAAUAGAAUCUACGUCACCUGCGGCAGCCCGACAAGCUACAAAAAAAAGCAAGGGGAAAAGAUGGAUUCCACCUAAGAGGUCCCAGGAGUCAAGGAUGGUCCAGUCCGUGUUGAACUCCUCCUACUUCUUCAAAGGCAAAGGAGAUGACAACGAGAAUACUCCAAUUACACCACUGAUAAAGAUGAAGCAACCAUCCAAAAAACGUGCCAGAAAGUCUGUCCUGAAUCAGUCCAAGAAAGAGAACUAUCACACAUGGUAGAUCGCUAUUUCCAUUCUGCAAGAGUAUUUUAUUGUUAUGCAGUUGUACAUUAUAAUUAUCAUUAUUAUUAUUCAUCAUCAGUUUUAAUCUUAAAAUGUAUUCACCAGAUCACAGCGUUUUACUAUUAACUUACUCUGACCGCUGUUCUGGCUUUAGUUAUGUUUAGUUAUGUUGUUUAAUUGCAUUUAUACAGUUUAUAUAAAACACUUUUUUAUGACGCAAAAAUGUAUUCUGCAAAUAACUUUUCAUUAACUUGUGUGCAUUUUUUUAUAUGUUUGCAGAUCCAUUAAACACCAAAAUGAAUAAGUAAACCAUGAAAGUAAAAUCCAUUGUUCGAUGUAACGCUGACAUUCCAAUGCACUAAUAAAGUAUGAA